CCAGCAACCAAGAAAUCCAGGCAGAGCCAGGAAGAAUACACGAAAUGUCUCGAUCGUUUUACGUUGAUUCCCUGAUCAUCAAAGAUUCUUCAGUGAGGCCUGCUCCUGUCUUGAACGAUCACGGCCAAGACUUUUUGAUUCCCAUUAGCGUGCACUCUCCAACUAUGAUGUCAGUUUCUGGUCCCGUCUGUCCGUCCAGAAAGACGGGUACUUUCUGUGUCUGCCCUCUCUGUGUCACGUCCCACAUCCACUCGUCCCGGAGUGGAAUCCCGCUGCUGAAAAGCCAGUUCCCAAAUGGAGACCCCCAGUACUGUCAACGAAUCAACCAGCAAUCAAACCCCGGUCUCGGGCAUCCACCUGUUUGCACACCCACUUACAGCGUAACAGACCCUAGGAGAUACCAUUGUCUAACUGUGGGUACUGAAACCAACAGUCACCUCCAGAACGGCAAAAGGAUGAGGACAGCUUUCACUAGUACGCAACUCUUAGAGCUGGAGAGAGAGUUCGCCUCCAACAUGUACCUGUCGAGGCUUCGCAGGAUUGAAAUUGCAACCUAUCUGAAUUUAUCUGAGAAGCAGGUUAAGAUCUGGUUCCAGAAUCGGCGCGUUAAACACAAAAAGGAAGGCAAGGGGUCCCCGCGAAACGCGCACAACGCCUGCAAGUGUAGCAGCCAAGGGCACUGUCUGCGCUCAGAGGAUGAGGAAUCCCUCUCACCUAUAUCAUCGGGCAAAGAAGACAAAGAUAUGUCACCUGCAUAGUGGUCAGACUUGCAAUGAUUAAAAGUUUACAGACUUGUUCAUUUCUGUAUUCCUUCAACGCACUUACUGUACUUCACUACUUGCUUAAGAUUUUCUAAAAAGGUCCCUUGGUGCAGCGUUGUUGCUGCACUUGAUUGUGUGCCUGCUGACCGUCCUGGUGUGUUUGAAUUCAUUGUAGAAUUAUACCGAGAUGGAACACCUCAUUUCCAUCCCGGUCACAAUAUAUUCACACAAUAUGGUUAAGAAUAGACAAACAUCAACUUACCUUAAUGCCCAACAUCAUUUUGUUUGAUGCCCUCAGUCGUUAUUUUGCUCUAAAAGCAGUUGAAUAGCAAUAUUCGCGCAAUUUCUUUUAUAAAAAUAAAAUUAUCGAGCAUUCUGUAUAAAUAAUGUAUUUUCAAACUCUGACUUCUGUAAAACACAAAAAAAAGCCAAUGUAAAUGCACCAGCCCAUUAAAAACAAUUGUAGGUCGAAUAGAAGAAACUGUAAAUAGCUAGUUGCUUGGUACAUUGCUGUAAAACGUCACGGUUAAAGUUCACUU